AUGCAGCUUCUGGGCAGUGAUUAUGAAACAAAAUUCCAAAAAAUAAGCACCAAUGGGGAGUUACGCUGGCAUAUGAAGGAUUUCUAUCAUUCAGUCCUGAUUGUAUUCCGAAUCUUAUGUGGAGAAUGGAUUGAAAUGAUGUGGGAAUGUAUGGAAGUGGCUGGAAAACAGAAAUGUAUUGCCAUUUUCUUGCUAGUCCUGGUGAUAGGAAACCUGGUGGUGCUCAACUUGUUCGUUGCCCUGCUGCUGAAUUUGUUGGAUACUGACAGCUCAAGAGGACAAGAGGAAUCUGGAGAAAGGACUAAAUGUCAGAUUACCCUUGCACAGAUUCACCAGGGCCUGAAGUCUUUGAAAGACAGAAUUCUGGAUCCUUGUGGUAGAAAAAUGAAAGGAAGCCUCAGAAAAGCAGACAAAAAGAAGACUUCCGAAGAAAUUUCUGGCAAAAACAUAGAGGAUAAUAAUUAUGCCAUGACAGAUGUUGGAAAAUACAUAGACAACAAUUGCUUUGGCACAGAGUAUUACCAUAAUGAAGAGCAUUCCUCAAUAUCAAGGAAAUAUGAAGAUCUUUCCAGCAGUCACAGUACCUGUGUUCCCAUUGAAGCAGCAGAGAGUUACAGUGACAAAAGUGAUGAUGAGCACAUUGUGUUCACAGAAACAGAACACAGAAAACAG